AUGAAUGAUGAAAAUGUUAGGAGAAAAGUUUGUAGAACGUUGCAACAUGUGGGAGGAUGUAAUAUUUAUAUAAGAAGAAUAUAUAGGUCAUUAAUAACUUUAAAACCAAGAGGAUUUAUUAUAGCAAUAAUAUAUAUUAUAUAUAUAAAUGUAUUAUGUAUUAGUGAGGAGAAAAACAUAUGGAAGUUUGCAUUACAUAGAAAAUAUUCAAAAAUAUUAUGUGAAUGGUAUACAACUAAUAGAGUUUAUUUUAGGAGUAAGAACGAUAUAUCAAAUUAUUCUGGUAAUAAUAAUAAUAUAUAUGUAUAUAAAGAUCUACAUAUAGGUAAUUUUGAAGAUGUUGAUGAUUUUGAAGAUGAAGAUGAUUUUGAUUAUGAAGUUAUUGUUGAAGAUGAUGAUGAUUAUGAAGAUGAAAUUAAUUUUGCAAAUGAAAAUAUUUUAAAUAUUUAUUACAAUUCAAAAAAAAAAGACAAAAUUGACGGUAAAAAUAAAUUUUAUGCUGAAGAUAAUUUUGAACGUGAAAGUGAUUUUCAUAAGUAUGACACGUCUGAAGGUAGUAAAAUAAAAGUAGAAAAUGAAGAUAAUAAUAUAAAUGAGGUGAAUAAUUUUAAAUUGUUUAGUGAAUAUAAGAAAGUAUGUGAUAAUAAUGGUAAUAUAAAAAAAGAAGAAGUAAUUUUAGAUUUUGAUAAGUAUUAUAAAAAUAAUAGAUUACAUAUAUCAAAUGAUAAAGAUUUAAUGGAAUAUAUAAAAAAUAAUUAUGGUAAAAUGACUAUUGAUGAUAUAUAUGUUAUAUAUUUUUAUGUACAUGAAAAUGAAAGAAAAAAAUAUAUGAACAUGGAAUGUCAACUAUGUGUCUUUUGUGAACAAUUAGCAAAUAAAUAUAAUAUAGAAUAUGAUUAUAUGUUAAAAACAUGGCAAAAAGCUUAUAAUGAUGUUCAUGGAUUUUUUUUGAAUAAAGAAAAAGGAUUUUAUAAGAAAAUUCGAAAAAUUAAAGAUGGUAAAUCUCAUAAUUUAUUACUCUCUAUAAAUUCAUUAAAAGAAAAAUGGAAAGAAUUCAGGGAUAUAAUGAAUAACAUAUGGAGAGAAAAUUUUUCAGAUAAAUUCAGGAGUCAUUCUAAAAAAUAUUUGAAAAAAAAGUAUGAUAUUAAUACAAAAGGUUCAUAA